UAUAAAUGUUACCUUAUAAUCUGAAAGGUAUUGGUUAUCAUAGUAGAAGAGUUAUCAAAUGUUCAACUUUGAUUGAAUUUACAUAACAAAUGGUCUAGAAAAAUAUGCAAGUUUGUUAUUGAGACUAUCAUGAAAGGUAAGCAAAUUCACACACACACACACACACACACACACACACAAACUCCUUCUGUGGAAGCUAUGAAAGGGGGAAAAUUUGAUUCUGUAGUCUAGGACUUGUCCAUCGGUUUCAGCCAUUUGGAUGUUGUGAUAGUCUUUCCAAGCACAGACGAAGCGAAGAGAAGUUCAUUGACAAGAAUAACAGAUCCAUUGGCAACCUGUUAAGACAAGUUCUGCUACACGAAUUUUUGGUUUAGAUCACACCUAUAACUUAGAGAGGGUUUGAUAAGGGUAUCAUGUUCCCUUAAUCUUUCAUCUUUGUACGUUUAGUUUCCCACAUUUCUCAAAACAUUGCUUUUUAUCAGAUUCCACACCUUUUAUUAUAUUUUUACAGGUGCCUGAUUCCACGUUUGGAAUAUCUGCUUUGCAAAUUUUGAAUCAAUUUUUGGCUUGGAGUACAAGCUUGGUGAUUCCCAACUGAAAUGCUUACAUAGAUAUUUCCUGGAACAAAUUGUUAUCUCUUACUUCGUGUUUAUUAUGGAAAAUAACCAUUUCACUUCUCUUGAAUUUUUAUACUUCUCCCUACACUUCCCAUUUUUUGGUAGAAAGGACUCUUAUUUUCUUUUUACUGUGCAUCUAAAAGUAAAACCAAUAGUAAAAGAAACUAUUUUAGGGCCCUGUUUGAAAGAGUUUAUUUAAGUUUAUCUUUUUGGCACAAUUGCUUAUGUAAGUGAUUGGAAAGACUUAUGCAAAUAGCUUAUGGUCUACAUAUAAGCUGUUUUGAGUUUAUUUUCAUAAGUUGUUCAGAUCAGCUUAUGAAUAAAUGUUUAUGUUUAUGAAUAAGCGUUUAGCAUGCAUAACCUAUUUUCAUAAUAUUUCAACAAGUUUCUCAAUUUCGUUUAUGAAUAAGUGCUUGUUCCAUAAUCAUUUAUUGGCACAAGCGCUUAAUUAAGCCAUUUACAUAAACACUCUCUAUAUAUAUAUAAUAUAUUUAUAUAUAUAUUACUAUUCUCAUAUGAUAUAGGAGAUAGUAAUUUAAAAGUGUGUCCCACCCCACCCUUGCCGAACAAAAUGUAAAAAUAUAACCAUUCACCAUUGGUAUAUCAAAUAAAGAAGCUUCACAAAAGAUGUCAGCUAGUAUGUACAAUAUUUAUAGUUCAUCCACUGUCAAAAAGGGCUUUAAUGUGUGUUUGGAUAAAGUUAAUAUAAAAACACAUUUAUCUCAUUGUAUUAAAGAGUUUCAUUCACUUUUUGCUUCAAUGGGUACUGAUGCCGGUUAGCACUGUCACCAACAUGUAUGUUGUAUCCAAAUACAAGUACCUCAGCAAAGACAAGUUCAUUUUCUGAGGAUAAAGAAAGACAAGCAAUUACUUGGAUCAAACGGUCCUUGAAGUUGACAUGGCACUUGUCUGCUCUCUCUUUAUCUUUUAGCCGCGUUACGUAGUACCACAUGUAUUAUGGGACUUUUUUUGUUCCCAUCAAUGUGGUGCUACAGUUAAAAGAUGGGACAUAUACCAAAGGAAAGUACUACUGCAAAGUGCAAAUUGUUGGAUUAACGAAACUCAAAGCUCAAAUCUACCAACCUUUGAAGUUGAACUGUGGCCACUUAACAUUGAUGAUGAUGAUGAUGCAUGCAAUGCAAUGCAAGAAAAGAAACCUAAACAGAACCAAGCAAGGUAGCUCAAUCAAAUCAAGCAAAAAGACCCUCUCUCUCUUGCUCUCUCUACUUUUGAACCAAGUAGUCACGAGAGACCCUUGAAACACUUUUGCCUUUGAAUUCAUAAACUUUAGGCUGCCAAACGACCUAAUCCUCCUCCUGAUCCAUCCUAUUAGGAGAGAAACCGUGAAAACAACAUCUUCUUCUUCCUUUCUUUCUGCAGAAUGAAACUUCCUGCAUUUUGGUUCCAAUUCUGGUUACCUUUCUUAUAAACCAAAAAAGAGGGUCUUCUUUGAAUUCAUAUAUGAAUCACUUUGAUACAUGUUCUUCAAUUUUCAUUCGGAGCCCAUGUUUAGGAAUCCGUUCAUUCGUUUCCUGAAAUCCAUUCACACGUUCAGAAGAAAAACUCCUUCUGAUAUUCUGUUCAGAUAAGCAUCACUGGUGCAGAGUGAAAACAGAGAGAAAACAGAGUAAAAAACAGAGAGAUUCUAAACAGAGAGUUUCCUUCUUCAAUGGCGGGUUCAUGUUUCCAUGCACUUCGCUUACGAAGAACGAAGAGCAAGCCUUUUCCUUCUUCUUCUCCUUCUUCAUCCAAGGCCCGGUGGAAUUCUGAUGCAGAGAACAUGGAGAGGAAGAGAUUUGACAGCUUGGAAUCAUGGUCCAUGAUAUUGGACUCUGAGAAUGUGGAGACAUGGGAAGCAUCAAAUGAGGAUCAGGAGGAAUGGACAGCUGAUCUUUCACAGCUUUUCAUUGGUAACAAGUUUGCAUCCGGGGCUCACAGUCGGAUUUACCGUGGAAUUUACAAGCAGCGAGCUGUUGCGGUGAAAAUGGUGAGGAUUCCAAACCAGAAUGAGGAGAGAAGAGGCUUGCUUGAAAGCCAAUUCAAAUCUGAAGUGGCUUUGCUUUCACGUCUCUUUCAUCCUAACAUAGUCCAGUUCAUUGCAGCCUGUAAAAAACCUCCAGUAUAUUGUAUCAUUACAGAAUACAUGUCACAAGGAACUCUGAGGAUGUAUUUGAACAAGAAAGAGCCAUACUCUCUAUCAACAGAAACUAUACUAAGGUUAGCUCUUGACAUAUCUAGGGGCAUGGAGUAUCUUCACUCGCAAGGUGUGAUUCACAGGGACCUCAAGUCAAAUAACUUGCUUCUCAACGAUGAGAUGAGAGUUAAGGUGGCAGAUUUUGGAACAUCCUGUCUCGAAACGCGGUGCCGGGAGACCAAAGGAAACAUGGGAACAUAUCGUUGGAUGGCACCAGAGAUGAUUAAGGAAAAGCCUUACACUCGGAAAGUUGAUGUCUAUAGCUUUGGAAUUGUGCUUUGGGAACUCACAACUGCAUUACUUCCCUUCCAAGGAAUGACCCCAGUGCAAGCUGCUUUUGCUGUUUCUGAGAAGAAUGAAAGACCUCCACUGCCUGCAAGUUGUCAACCUGCACUUGCUCAUCUGAUAAAGCGUUGUUGGUCAGCAAACCCUUCGAAGCGACCAGAUUUCAGUGACAUUGUGUGUACUCUCGAGAAGUACGAUGAGUGUGUCAAGGAAGGUCUUCCUCUCACUCACCAUUCAAGCCUAGCAGUCAGCGGAAACGCCAUUAUUGAAUGCAUAAAAAGCUGCUUCUCAAUGAACUCCUCCUCCAUACCUGUAUAUGCUUGAAUUCAUCCAAUGAAUUUACACAUGAUGCUGCUUCACGUUCUUUCAACUGUAUUAUCUAAUUGUACUUCACAAAAAGAAAACCUCAACUUCUUAUAUGGUAUGUCGUGGAUGUCACCAAAUUCACCAACAGAAUUAUACAGUGGAAUUACUUAAAACUCAGAAAAGGUCACGUGUACAGUUAUGUAUUUAUUAUAUAGGCAUGUCAUGGAUGUAACCAAAUCCAGCCACAGCAUACAUCAAACAACAUGAGUGCAAAGUGCUACAGCACUACAAUUAAAUGCAGUAGAAAUAGGAGCUCCAUACUUCCUGUUGGGUAAGAAUAACAUUACUAACUUUAAAUGC